CACUAUUCCACACCAUUACAUCAAAGCUCUCUAUUGCACAACUAACCACGGCGCAUCAUAUUAAACAUGGAUUUUGACGAUUACUAUUCCCAGAAUCUUCCCCAGGUUUCGCCCAUCGUUCCUACAACACAGGUCCGAGAUUUGACCGCCUCACAAACACAACGUCUACUCGAUCGAUUGCUUCAAGAACUAGAUGACGAAAAUACGGAUCUGGAAACCUUGGAGAAAAUGUUUGCAGACCUAUCGCUGAAAACUGGUAUCGAUUAUAGAGUGUGGUCGAAACAAAAUUUGCCAUUGACUUUGGAAAUGGAAAACUCUACAGCACAAUCAAAUGAUGACUCCUCCGGCUCAAAUGUGCAAACUGCUGAUAACGACCUUCUUCGACAGCUAGAUUUCCGGGAUAAGGAAAAUAAUAUCCACAACGACAGCGAUGACUAUAAUUCGGAGAGGGCCCUUCUUUUAUCGCUAUUACAUCGAGAAAAAAAGUUGUCUAGACAUUACGAGUCCCUGAUCUCAUCUUACGAAACACUAAUGGCGUAUACUGCUAUGGGUGUCCGAGAGCGUAGAGAGCAGAAUUAUGGAAUUUACACCACAGAAGAUUUGCAAAAUCAAAGCCCUGAUAGGAAAAGUCAAGUUGAUAACGGUAUAGGAAUAGAGGGUCGAACAUCGAUACGAUCAAUUCAGUCUAUACAGAUUGCUCGGUCUUUAAAAUCUCGUGCCGAAGCUCUCAAAAAAAACGCAGAUAUAUUGCAACUGCUUGCCAGACAAAAACGGCAAGAUACCCAGCUUGUAAAAAACUUGAUUACUAGUGAGGCAGAGCAGUUAGCAGCUGAACUGAAUAAAAAGGAUAGUAGUAGUUGAAAAUUAAAAUUCGGUUUAGAGUUCUUUUUUAAUUUCCUACUUUAUAAACUAGAAUUAAAAUUAAAAUUAUAGAUGAGAAGUGGCAAUUGGAAUUGCAUUGUGCAUGUGUUCAUUUACUGGCUUUUUUUUUUAUGCUGUGAAUGGUCUUUUCGCUAUCUGUUUUCCAUAUGGCAUUUUUCUUCUUCUCUUCCUCCUCCUCUUUGUGCAAUUCA